UGACCUCAUUCAUCACUGCGUCAAUGCUUCCACCCCCUCUGCUUCAUUUAAAAUCUACUGGUGGUCUCAGUGCUGGAAGUGUCCACAGGUAACCAGGUACCAGGUCCACAAUGAAGAGCGCAGUGUUUGUGGGGUUCGUUCUGUUUGCUCUCGUUCCUCUGAUCAAUGCCUAUUGCUGGCAGGAGCUUCUUAAAUUCGGAGCAACUCAUUGUCAGGAUGAUGUGGAUAAGACCUGGCAUGCUGUGGGAUCCUCCUGGACCAACAGCAGAUGUGACCAGUGCAGAUGUAGCAGUGUAAAGAGCUGCUGUAGUGGACUUCCAUCAGUGACCGUUGCUGACGACUGCACUGUGGAAUUUGAUUACAAUGCUUGUACAUAUGAGGUGUUUAAUAAGAAAGACAGGAACAUUAAAUGUAAUUACAGUGCUGUGGGGAAGUGAUCGCCAGAAUUCAGUCUAGACUAAUUCAGACUAUAGAUUAAUCUAACCUGAUUAAUUAUUUAAUGGACAGAAAUACUACAUUAGAAAUCCUGAAGCUCAGAGCAAAUAUAAAGUGCAUAGUAUUUACACUUAUUUGCAUUUAGAACAUAUUCAAGUUCAGGUUAAGUACUGCUACUAAAUACAACAACUACCAAUUACAAGAAUGCAGAUGAAUAUGUAUUCUAACUGUGAGGUCGUUUGGCCUAUUAAACACUGUUUGGUUGGUAUAAUAUACUAGAAUUCUGCUAUGAAAUAAUGUUAAAGAUUUCAUAAAUGAUUGUAAGUUGACAGCACAUUAAAGUCUAAUCCAUUUCUAUUCA